GGCGGCGGCGGCGGCGGCGGCGGAGGAAGCCUGGUGCCCCCGCCCGCCUGGUCCCCUCGGAGAAGCGGAGGCAGCGCGGGCCGGCCGCAGCGGAACGGGCGCGGGCGAGGGGGGCGGCGGCGCGGGGGAGGCGCGGGGGGCGCGGAACGAGCGCGGCCCGCCGGGCGCCGCCGACCCGGCUCAGCCGACCGACGGACAGACGCGGACGGACGCGGCCCCUCCCUGCCGCCGCCCACCCGCCCGCCCGGGGCGCCCACCUUGCCGGCGCCGGGCCCGGGAGCGAUGACAUCGACGGGGAAGGACGGCGGCGGGGCGCAGCACGCGCAGUAUGUGGGGCCCUACCGGCUGGAGAAGACGCUGGGCAAGGGGCAGACAGGCCUCGUGAAGCUGGGGAUUCACUGUGUCACGUGCCAGAAGGUGGCCGUCAAGAUUGUCAACCGGGAGAAGCUCAGCGAGUCUGUCCUGAUGAAGGUGGAGCGAGAGAUCGCCAUCCUGAAGCUCAUCGAGCACCCACACGUUCUAAAGCUGCAUGACGUCUACGAAAACAAAAAAUAUUUAUACCUGGUGCUAGAACACGUGUCUGGUGGAGAGCUCUUUGACUACCUUGUCAAGAAGGGGAGGCUGACCCCCAAGGAGGCCCGGAAGUUCUUCCGGCAGAUCAUCUCAGCACUGGACUUCUGCCACAGCCACUCCAUAUGCCACAGGGACCUGAAGCCAGAAAACCUUCUGCUGGACGAGAAGAACAACAUCCGGAUCGCGGACUUCGGCAUGGCGUCGCUGCAGGUGGGGGACAGCCUGCUGGAGACCAGCUGCGGAUCCCCCCACUAUGCCUGCCCCGAGGUAAUCCGGGGGGAGAAAUACGACGGCCGCAAGGCAGACGUGUGGAGCUGCGGCGUGAUCCUGUUCGCCCUGCUGGUGGGGGCGCUGCCCUUCGACGACGACAACCUGCGGCAGCUGCUGGAGAAGGUGAAGCGAGGCGUGUUCCACAUGCCGCACUUCAUCCCGCCCGACUGCCAGAGCCUGCUGCGUGGCAUGAUCGAGGUGGACGCGGCGCGGCGCCUCACGCUAGAGCACAUUCAGAAACACAUAUGGUAUAUAGGAGGCAAGAACGAGCCGGAGCCAGAGCAGCCUGUCCCCCGCAAGGUGCAGAUCCGCUCGCUGCCCAGCCUGGAGGACAUGGACCCUGAUGUGCUGGACAGCAUGCACUCCCUGGGCUGCUUCCGAGACCGCAAUAAGCUGCUGCAGGACCUGCUGUCCGAGGAGGAAAACCAGGAGAAGAUGAUUUAUUUCCUCCUCCUGGACCGGAAAGAAAGGUACCCCAGCCACGAGGACGAGGACCUGCCGCCCCGGAAUGAGAUAGACCCUCCCCGGAAGCGUGUGGACUCCCCGAUGCUGAACCGGCACGGCAAGCGGCGGCCUGAGCGCAAGUCCAUGGAGGUGCUGAGCGUGACCGAUGGCGGCUCCCCGGUGCCCGCGCGGCGGGCCAUCGAGAUGGCCCAGCACGGCCAGAGUAAAGCAAUGUUCAGUAAAAGCCUGGAUAUCGCUGAAGCCCACCCCCAAUUCAGCAAAGAAGACAGGAUGGCAGGUGCCGGCGCCCAGGGGUCUAGGUCCAUCAGCGGCGCCUCCUCAGGCCUCUCCACCAGCCCACUCAGCAGCCCCCGGGUGACCCCUCACCCCUCUCCGAGGGGCAGUCCCCUCCCUACCCCCAAGGGGACGCCCGUGCACACGCCCAAGGAGAGCCCGGCUGGCACGCCCAACCCCACGCCACCGUCCAGCCCCAGUGUGGGUGGGGUGCCCUGGAGGACACGGCUCAAUUCCAUCAAGAACAGCUUCCUGGGGUCACCCCGCUUCCACCGCCGGAAACUGCAAGUUCCGACGCCCGAGGAAAUGUCCAACCUGACUCCGGAGUCGUCCCCAGAGCUCGCCAAGAAGUCCUGGUUUGGGAACUUCAUCAACCUGGAGAAGGAGGAGCAGAUCUUCGUGGUCAUCAAGGACAAGCCGCUGAGCUCCAUCAAGGCCGACAUCGUCCACGCCUUCCUGUCGAUCCCCAGCCUCAGCCACAGUGUCAUCUCCCAGACGAGCUUCCGGGCCGAGUACAAGGCGACAGGGGGCCCGGCGGUGUUCCAAAAGCCAGUCAAGUUCCAGGUGGACAUCACCUACACGGAGGGCGGGGCGGCACAGAAGGAGAACGGCAUCUACUCUGUCACGUUCACGCUCCUGUCAGGCCCGAGCCGCCGCUUCAAGAGGGUCGUGGAGACCAUUCAGACCCAGCUGCUGAGCACACACGACCAGCCUUCCGCUCAGCACUUGUCAGACACCACUAACUGUAUGGAAAUGAUGACGGGGAGGCUUUCAAAAUGUGGCAGCCCAUUGAGUAACUUCUUUGACGUAAUUAAACAACUUUUUUCAGACGAGAAGAAUGGGCAGGCGGCCCAGGCCCCCAGCACGCCCGCCAAGCGGAGUGCCCACGGCCCACUGGGGGACUCCGCGGCCGCUGGCCCCGGCCCUGGAGGGGACGCCGCAUACCCAGCGGGCAAGGACACGGCCAGGACGGGGCUGCCCGCCGCCCGCCGAGAGCAGCCUUAGACACAUAGCCCCCUCCCCCAGCAUGGCCCUGACAGCGGCCCAGGCCGCCUCGCCGCCCGCCACGUGUGGACCCGGGGCCGCACCCGUCUGUCCGCCUAGACGGCUGUGAAGCCAGGGAGGAGGGGCACCGGGGGCCACGCCACGCUGGGCCUGCCCGUGCGCUCCCCUCGCUGUCUCUCUGCCUCUCUGACAACACCCUGUUUCCACUCUGACACCAGGAAUUAUCCCGAAAAGUUAACACGUCGCCUCCACGAGGCCACCCUCUGUGCUCUGCACCAGACGCUGGCUGACCCAAGGCCGCUGCCGUGGAUCUGUCCUCUCUCUUCUCCUGCUGCUGCUGCUGCUGCCCGCCCGGCGGCCAGGCUCUGCCCACCUCCGCCUGCCCGCCCAUCGCCUCUGCCCGCCCGCACGGCAGCUCUGCCCGGUCUCAGCUCCGCAUGGCCAUGGGGAGGAGGACCCGGCUCCGAGGGGAAGCUGCCCCCGGCCCACCCGACGGGACGCGCGGCGACCGGAGCCCUCAGCAGGUCCGGCCUGCCCAGCCGGCCUCCAGAUCAGGGCCCAAGGGGGCAAAGCAGCCAUGAGGCCCAGCGCCGUGCGGCCUCUCCUCGGCACCUUUCCUCCCUGCAGCUCCCUCCUCCGUCCAGGCACCUCAGUGCCGCCACGGCUCGCGGGGCUCAGACGCUCCCCUUCCUUCCUGGCCAUGGGGGGAAGAGACCCCGGAGGCCCGGAGCACCCAC